CCUCUUUCCAGUCAGCCAUGCCGACUGUCAGCGUGAAGCGGGAGCUGCUCUUCCAAGCGCUGGGAAGGAGCUACACGAAUGAAGAAUUUGAUGAGCUUUGCUUUGAAUUUGGCUUGGAACUGGAUGAAAUUACCUCUGAGAAGGCUAUAAUAAGCAAAGAGAAAGGUGAUGGAAAAGCAGAGGGUGCAUCAGAAGUCGUUCUUUAUAAAAUCGAUGUUCCUGCUAAUCGCUAUGAUCUUCUUUGCUUGGAAGGUCUGGUCAGAGGUCUUCAGGUCUUUAAGGAGAGGAUCCGGGCCCCACGAUACAAAAAGAUUGUGCCACCUAGUGGUGAAAUCCAAAGGCUUAUUAUCACAGAAGAGACUAUCCAAGUCCGUCCUUAUGCUGUGGCUGCAGUUCUUCGUAAUAUAAAAUUUGACAAGGAUCGUUAUGAUAGCUUCAUUGACUUGCAAGAAAAAUUGCAUCAAAACAUAUGCAGGAAAAGAUCAUUAGUUGCAAUUGGUACCCAUGAUCUAGAUACAAUUUGUGGUCCCUUCACAUAUACAGCUAAACCACCAUCUGAAAUAAAAUUUAAACCCUUAAAUCAAGACAAGGAAUACAGUGCUUCUGAAGUAAUGGAUCUCUACCGGACCGACAGCCAUCUUAGACAUUACUUACAUAUUAUUGAAAAUGAACCACUUUACCCAGUUAUCCAUGAUAGCAACGGUGUUGUACUGUCCAUGCCACCUAUAAUUAAUGGAGACCAUAGCAAAAUAAGUCUGAACACCAAAAAUGUGUUCAUUGAAUGUACAGCUACAGAUCUUACUAAGGCAAAAAUUGUCCUUGAUAUCCUCGUUACCAUGUUCAGCGAAUACUGUCAGAAGGCAUUCACUAUUGAAGCAGCUGAAGUAACUUAUCCCAAUGGAAAAAACCACAUCUUUCCAGAGCUGGCUUAUCGUCGUGAAAAGAUAAAACCGGAGAUAAUGAACAAGAAAAUAGGAAUCUGUGAGACUCCAUCAAGCCUUGCAAAACUGCUCACCAGGAUGUGUUUGAAGUCACACGUCAUAGGAAAUGGGAACAAUAUUGAGGUUGAAAUCCCUCCUACCAGAGCUGACAUUAUCCAUGCAUGUGAUAUCAUAGAAGACGCAGCAAUAGCGUAUGGCUAUAAUAACAUUCAGAUGACUAUUCCGAAAACAUACACCAUAGCUAAUCAACUUCCUCUCAAUAAGCUCACAGAACUUCUGAGGCAAGACCUGGCAGCUGCAGGAUUUACUGAAGCACUGACAUUUGCUCUGUGUUCCCAGGAAGACAUUGCAAAUAAACUAGGGGUUGAUAUCUCAGCAACAAAAGCUGUACAUAUAGCAAAUCCAAAAACUGCAGAAUUUCAGGUGGCACGCACGACCCUCUUGCCUGGCCUCCUGAAAACUGUUGCUGCUAAUAGGAAGAUGCCUUUACCAUUGAAACUGUUCGAAAUUUCUGACAUUGUAGUGAAAGAUUCUACCAAGGAUGUUGGUGCAAGAAACCACAGGCAUCUCUGUGCCAUCUACUACAACAAAAACCCUGGUUUUGAAGUAAUUCAUGGGUUGCUGGAUAGAGUCAUGCAGCUCCUAGAUGUUCCACCAAGUAAAGAGAAUGGAUAUUACAUAAAAGCAACUGAAGACUCUGCAUUUUUCCCUGGCCGCUGUGCUGAGAUCUUUGCUAAAGGGCAGAGUAUUGGGAACCUAGGAGUCCUCCAUCCUGAUGUUAUCACCAAAUUUGAACUCACUGUGCCCUGCUCUGCACUAGAAAUCACAAUUGAGCCUUUCCUGUGAAAUCCUGACAGCAACAUCAUUUUGCAUUCAUUGUAAACACUUGCUAUGUCAAGUAGUCAUCCCUACAUUUUAAUAGAUUGGAUCAAUCUUGUCUUGGUCUUUGAUUAAAAAAAUCUUUCUUCAGUGCAAUGAGACUGGUUUCACUAACAAAACAGGGACAGCCACCAGUCUUCUUUAAAAAACUAAAAUAAGCAGCUCACUGUAUUAGCAUAGAUAUGUAUUGACAUCAAACACAUGAUAUCUUUUCUAGAUGGUUCCAGAGGCUGACUACGGUUGCCUAAAUGGAAUUUCUAUCUAUUUCUUACUGCAUGAAAUAAGAUAAAUUUAUUGUAACAAAAGUUGAACAGAUGUUAUCAGAACUGAGUUUUACCUCACUAUAAACUCUUCAAUGGUUGAAAAAGGUCAGGGUAGAGAAAUAUAUAUUACUUCCAAACUAGAUCAAUUUUGUUAGCAAGUUCCUACAGCAUGUACAACUGUGUAUCAACUGGUUCCAUUGCAAAAUAAGGGAUCAAAAUAAAAGUGAAUGGGGUCUUUAUUUACCCAUGUCUGCACCUAAGCUCCAAUGGGAAAAGAGGUUAAGUUGGCAAUAUCUAGCCUUGCUGGCAGAAGCACUUUGCUGUACUUCCCAUUAGCCAUUUUAAAAAUGAAAAAGCCCACGUACUUGCACAUGCUUAGAAGAUUCUUAAAAACAGGCAUGAUGCUAGUCUUUUUUAAAGGGGGUAAAUAAAGCUUUGAGUUAAAGUGAAGAAUUAAGUAUAUGCAAAUACUGGAGUAAAAUUUCUGCUAUAAAUUUU